CCCAAUUUUAUUGUUUCUGAUCAAACCCUAGCAGGCGAAACCCCGAUCUCCUUCUCCGGUUAUGGCUCCCAAACGUCCGUCACCCUUGGAUGAGCCUCCGGCAGCGUCUUCCUCUGAAGAAGAAGAAACUUCAUCGGGCGAGGAAGAGGAAGGCGGGUCGAGAGGCGGAUCUUCCUCCUCAUCCGAAGAGGAUGAAGAUGAAACACAAGCUCUGACUCAAACUCAGAAACCGAAGAAGUCUUCUGCUCUUCCUUCUACUUCUGCCGUCGGAAAGAAACCCGCACCUAAAAAAUCUGAACUUGUUCCAAACUCGCAGGCUCAGUCUUCUUCCUCGGAAAGAGGCUCCGGAUCCGACUCCGAUACGGAUACUGAAUCCGAACGAAAUGUGAAGCCUAUUGCCUCUAAGCCGAUGGAAGAGACUCCGAAGGUGAAAAAGCCCAGAUCCAAGCCUUCUGCCUCAGCUACGCCUGCGAGAUCGUCUUUCAAGACCCCUAGUGACACAACAAGAGAUGCCAAGCGAGCGAAGAAGAGUUCUGUGGCUGACGCUGAUGAUGGGGCAGUCGCAGAAGACGAUUCCAAGAAAUCUGUUGACGAAUCCAAAAAGCUGUUUCAGAGACUGUGGAGUGAGGACGACGAGAUUGCUAUACUGAAAGGUAUGAUUGAUUACUCAGCCAAGAAAGGUACUGACCCAGCUUUAGAAAUGAAUUCCUUUCAUGAUUUCAUCAAGAAAUCUCUUCACGUCGAUGUAACCAGGGCCCAGUUAGUGGAUAAGAUACGUCGACUGAGGAAGAAAUUUAGGAAUAAUGUCGAUAGAGGGAAGAAGGGUGCAGACCCAACGUUUUCAAAAGCCCACGAACAGAAAGGUUUCGAACUGUCCAAGAAAAUAUGGGGCGGCGAAGGAUUUGCUCGCACUCCGGCUGUGGAGCAGCUGAAGCUUAAUGUUAAUGGCGCUCCUAAUAAGAAUCAAAGAGGUAGCACCAGUAAGACACUGGCUUCACUGAAAGCUGAGUUGCUUCCUUCUCCAGAGGCCUCGAAGGAGGAUGGUAAGAUGAAAGUUAAUGAUAACGAGGCUCCGUCAGGUUGCAUGGAUGGUUUUGUUGCGUUUGAAAGGUCUUUUGGUGCUGUUGGCUUGCCGGAAAGUUUUUUGAAGCCAGGAUUAGAGCUAAUAAGGCAAUCCAAGAGAACAGAGCUGGAGGAAGAGUGGAAGAAAUUGCAUGUUGCGGAAUUAGAACUUUUUCUGAAGAAGACUGAGUUGAUUAGGGACCAAGCAAAAUUGAUACUGGAGGCGUACAAGUCAUCUGAGAAGUAAGGAUUUAGACAUUGGACAGUUUCCAUGCUGAUAAUUCAGAGCUCAAAUUGUUCCUGUUUGUUGUUUUGUCUAGUAUUUACCGAUUGCUAUACUUGUAGUUUGUCUGAGUUUAUGAUUGCCUCGAGGCCUUAGGGUAAUGUCCUACUGACUAUGCUUCAACCUCUACUUCCGUUGGUUAGACUCUGCCAUAUGUAUUUGGUGUUGACGUCUGCUUCUUCUAGUUUAAUGUUCUCCUAAAAACAUCUAUCUUAUAUUUUCUUCAUCAUGGUUAAGCAGAUCUUCCUGUCUUACGCUGAUAUGAGUAGUUAUAAUAUCAUUCGAGAUGUUUGUAGAA